AUGCUCACCUUGUCUAAAUGGACAGGUGUCUCCUUUAUCAAAAACAGAUUGGGAAGAUCAAACAGUUUAAACGAUGGGCAGACUAGACCCACCAGUACCACACCAAUACCACCAAUACCACAACCACAACCACAACCAUCCAUGAUAAUCAACUCUCUGCAAAAUAAAACACACAAUAACAGGACAAAGACACGAUCUAGUACUAGUAAUAACAAUGGUACGAGUAAUAGCACUACCACAAUUGUAAAUACAUCGACACUUGGUAAAGCACCACCUAUAGUCAAGUCCAACUCAACUACAGCGUUGCUCAAAAGAAGAAAAAACACAUUUCGUCAAUCACACCAUUCACACCGUCGCGAUACUGAUCCCGCAUCGAUUUUAUUAUCAUCAUCAUCACCACCACCAUCACCAUCCUCACAAACUCCUGCUCAUUCCCUUUCUUCUUCUUCCUCAAAAGGGAGGAAACUAUCACUCAAAAAGAAGGGUAAACACACCAGCAAUAGACUCAGCAUCAACAGAGCACAAAUACUACAAUCGGUUCCAACUCAAGACCAGUUACGGAAAGGCGCUCGUCCGUCAAUGGAAAUACCAUCGUCUUUAUUUCUCAAUGCAUCUACAGAAUUAACUUCUCCACCAAAAUCACCCAAAUCUUUUUCACCUGCAUCUGUACACUCUACCGAGUAUUUUGCAGAAAUAGAAGAUAAACUCAACUCACAGUUUAACAAUUACACAAUUAGCACAUCAUUACCGUCCAGUUUUGAGAAACCCAGGCAUGCGUCUAUCCUCAGUCCCACAGACUAUUUGACCAUAGAUAUCAACAAAGACCAAGAAUCUGUGUAUAACUUUGAAGGAAUCAAUGAAGACGACGAUGUUAAUGAAGAAGAAGAAGAAGAAGAAGAAGAAGAAGAGGAGGAAAAGGAGAGAAAUUCAGGCGAUCUUGGAGGUUGUCCAAUGUUACCCUUGUUCAGUGCCACACGAAAUGUUGAGUUGUCUACAAGCUCACUUGGGCUCAAACAAGAUAGGUACGUUGAAGAAGGCUCUAAAGUAGAAUUUGAGACCAAAAGGAAAGGCAGUGGUAAAGUAGAUGGGGAGCUUGCACCAAAGAAACGAUCAGUUAGGUUUGCUUAA